GAAGUGAGUUAGCAAACAAUUCAAGAAUCAACAAUAUAACAUAAUGGCUGGAAGGUGGUCUCUUCAUGGCAUGACAGCCCUUGUCACCGGUGGCACUCGUGGUUUAGGGCAUGCAAUAGUGGAAGAAUUGGCUAGUCUCGGUGCGACUGUGUAUACAUGUGCACGUACUGAGAAAGAGCUUGAUGAGUGUCUUCAGAAUUGGAAAGUCAAAGGAUAUAAUGUUUUUGGUUCUGCAUGCGACAUAUUACAACCGUCUCAACGCGAAAAGUUAAUCCAAUCAGUGAGCAAGCAGUUCAACGGAAAUCUCACAAUUUUGGUAAACAAUGUGGCAAGACUUAUACCAAAAGAUACAUUAAAAUCAGAUGCUCAAGAUUUUUCUGAUACCAUUGGCACAGGCCUUGAGGCUUCUUUGAACCUUUGCCAACUUGCCCACCCAUUGUUGAAGGCCACAGGAAAUGGAAGCAUUGUCUUCAUCUCUUCAUGUUCUAGUUUUGUUUAUGCACCUAAUCAUACUAUAUAUGCAGCAAGCAAAGGGGGUAUUAAUUCACUUGUGAGAAAUUUAGCUUGUGAAUGGGCAAGUGACAACAUUCGCGUCAAUGCUGUUGCUCCAUGGCUUAUGAGAACCUCCCUUACUGAGUCAUCAAGAGGAGAAUUUGGGGCAGUAAUAGAAGCUUUGAUCGGACGGACACUGCAACAUCGGCUUGUAGAGCCAAAAGAAGCUUCGGCGGCGGUGGCGUUCCUCUGCUUCCCGGCGGCUUCUUUUGUCACUGGUCAGAUCAUUCGUGUGGAUGGUGGUGCAUCAGUCUAUGGUCUUUGAACAAUUCAACCCCUGUAUGAAAUAAGGACUAUAAUUGUUAAACGCAACUACGGGAGAUUUUUGUGUCAUUUUUUUUUUCUUUACCAUAUUUAAAUUACCAUGACUCUAUGUAACGUAAAAGAUAUAUUGUAUUUUGAGGUAUUUUUCAAAGUCAAGAAUAAAUUGGGUUAAUAAUUUCAUUAUUAGCCUACGAAAGUGGCA